AUGUUCCGAUUUUGGGAUAGCACAAGAAUGCAUUAUGAAGAAAUGCGCCAAUGUGCUUCUCUCUAUGCUAGAUACAAGGAAAAAUUAACGCUAUAUAUGAUUUACCGUCGCAUGUCAAGUUGCUCAAACCUGGUGGUCCCACCAAAUGUGAUGCUUAUGCUCAAAAGUGGUCUUGAUUCCUGGACAUUUGAUGCCUUUGAGCUAAAUGAGGCCAGCGAAAACCACGCGUUGAAGUUCGUCGGUUUCGAGCUAUUUCAUAAGUACAACCUUAUCAAAAAGUUUCAGAUUGACACGACCUGCCUGGAGAAUCUUCUCAUCCAGCUAGAAACCGGAUACAGUCGACACAACAACCCUUAUCACAAUCUUGUACACGCAGCAGACGUGACGCAAACAUGCCAUGUCAUGAUGUCUUGCAGCAAAAUUGAUGUAAGUGCACACGCAUUCAUCUGA